CUAUAUAUUCAACCCUUCCCCUUUACAUUUUUGUUCAUCCCUUCUUUUCUUUGCCUUCUCCAUAUUUGGCAACUGGACUUUCCUCCUCCUUUGGCAAUGGCUUUUCUUGGAUUGUUCUUGGCUGCCCUAUUGAGCAUUCUCAAGCCUGCUCUUGCUGAUGGUUAUGGAUGGAAUAGUGCCCAUGCAACCUUCUAUGGCGGUGGCGACGCCUCCGGCACAAUGGGUGGGGCUUGUGGUUAUGGGAACUUGUACAGUCAGGGGUAUGGAACAAACACUGCAGCAUUGAGCACUGCUCUGUUCAACAAUGGACUGAGCUGUGGAGCUUGCUUUGAGAUCAAAUGUGUUGAUGACCCAAGCUGGUGCCUUCCUGGGUCCAUUAUUGUGACUGCAACUAACUUCUGCCCUCCAAAUAAUGCAUUGCCUAACAAUGCAGGGGGGUGGUGUAACCCUCCUCAGCAACACUUUGAUCUUGCUCAACCUGUCUUCCAACAAAUUGCUCAAUACAAGGCUGGUAUUGUCCCUGUUGCCUACAGAAGGGUCCCUUGCCAGAAGAAGGGUGGGAUCAGAUUCACCAUUAAUGGCCACUCCUACUUCAACCUCGUCCUCAUCACCAACGUCGGUGGUGCCGGCGACAUCACCGCUGUCUGGAUCAAAGGCUCGAGCUCCGGCUGGCAAUCCAUGUCCCAGAACUGGGGUCAAAACUGGCAGAGCAACUCCUACCUCAAUGGCCAAGCCCUCUCGUUCAGAAUCACCACCAGUGAUGGCCGCACUCUUGAAUCAGACAAUGUUGCCCCUUCCGACUGGAAUUUUGGCCAAACUUUUAGUGGCAACCAGUUCUAACUCCCAACCCCACAAUGCUUAAACCACUUUUAAAUUUAGGGGUUCCCUCCAACUUUAGGUAAACUCUACUACUACUAUUAGCUCAAAUCUGAUCACCAUGGGUCUUUUUUUUUUUUUUGGUCAUGGGCUCAUUUUUAAAAUAGCCCUGAUUUUUUUCUUUUUUGAAUUGGGAUUUUGGUUUUUGGCACUAAAUUUAGGGGAAGAGUCUAUAGGUGGUGCUAAAUUUGGCAGAGGUGGACAUUUGUGGUGUCACCCGCCCCCUUAAGCUUUUAUGGUUGGUGGGUUUUUUUUUCUAUUCCACCUGUUUCAGCUUGGUUGCUGAAAUUUGUGCUUGGGAAAAGUAAAAUGUAGUUUAUAUGAUUACAUAUAUGGUGUCAAAUGAAUGAGAGUGUCUAAGUGUGUAAUGGACAGGGUCCUCUAUGUAAAUGUAUCUUCCUCGAGUGAUAAUGACAAACUACUUGAGCUUUGUUAAUGGAUCUUUAUUGUUUGCGA